AUGUCACUUAUCGAUAUCAACUACCAGCACACUAGACCUACAAACAUCACGCUCCCUCCAAUCUCGUCCAUCAUCAAAUCCCUGGAGUCCUCUCUGCCACAGCACCAUGUGCUAUCCUCCAGCACUUCUCCUAUCCCUGCUGCCUCUGAAUCCACUGGUGGGUUGAUUACAAACAACAACAACAUCCCAACUCUGAUCCCAAAGGACUCUUAUACUCAUUACACAUACUCCACUGCAAGAUCAAAUUCAUCAGAUUCUCUAAGUUCAUCUCCUUCUUCACAAUUACUACAUCAACCAAUCCAACCCAUAAUACAACAUCAACAACCAAUAAUACAAAUACCAGACAAUAUAGUACCAAUACAACAAGAACAAAUAAAUCAAGAUUUGAACCCAACAAUCAAAAGAAAAUACACUUGUAAAACUUGUUCAAAAUCUUUUACAACUUCAGGUCAUUUAGCUAGACAUUCAAGAAUCCAUACUGGUGAAAGAAAACAUGUUUGUCCCUUCCCAAAUUGUGAAUCAAGAUUUGCAAGACAAGAUAAUUGUAUGCAACAUUAUAAAACUCAUUUGAACAAUAAAUUGAGAAAGAGAAAAUAUAAUAAAAAGUUGUGA